GACCAGCUCAAACUAGUUCGGAGAAACACAAAGAGCAGCAGAGCUCAUAGAGAGAGCUGAACACAGACACACGCUCACAGCACAGCAUCAUAUUCACAGCAAUAAGAAUGCGGAGUUUAUUCUCUAUAGCACUUGUGCUGCUGGUGGUGUUGAUGAUCACCGUGGAAGCCAGUAUGAAGAAAAAAGAAAAGGGCAAAGAGCCCAAAGCAGAUGCUGAGUGCAGUGAAUGGCAGUAUGGGAAAUGCGUGCCCAACAGCGGCGACUGCGGCGCUGGCAUUCGGGAGGCGACCUGCAACGAACAGACAAAGAAAACCAAGUGCAAAGUCCCAUGCAACUGGAAGAAAGACUUUGGCGCUGACUGCAAGUACAAGUUUGGUCGCUGGGCCGAAUGUGACACUACUACAGGAACCAGAAGCAGGUCUGGGACAUUGAAGAAGGCACUGUUCAACGCUGAAUGCCAGACCACCAUUAAAGUGUCCAAACCUUGCACCCCAAAGACCCCCAAACCCAAGGGAGGCGAGAAGAAGAAAGGAAAAGGGAAGGAAAACUAACUUGAAGACCACCCCAACUGCCCAAUUGCCCACUCAGUGGUACAUUCCUAUGUGACACUCCCAAAUCCUCCAAAAGGUGAAUGCUGAAAAAAA